AUGUCCGUUACUUCCGACAGCGCGUCAGAGCUCGUAUUGCCCGACGUUAUCGAAGCACUGCAGCGACUGCAGCAAAACCCGGAUCAGCUCGCGCGCGAAAGGGAUCAACGCUACGAAGCAACCCCGCCGCCGUAUAUGGAGUCGCGCGAGGCCAGUCAGCCUUCAAGUCCUUACGUCCUUGGCGCCGUGGAAGAGAUGUGGGAGGAGCAGCGGCGGUUACGCGAAAUUCGAAACAAGUCGAAGCCGGUCUACCAGUUUAAAACCCAAGCUCAACGCGAGAAAGAGAGGCUUCAUGAUCAGCGGCUCAAGGAGCUCUACGGCCGGAGACCUACUCUGCCAUUUGACGAAGCCACCGACUACAAAGCCAACGCAGAAAACAAUGUGCGAGCUCGCUGGGUCGAGCAGGGCAUCUGGGGAGAGGAAUGGGGUCCGGCUUGGCUUCGGGGCAUCCGUCCGUUGGGGGUCGCGGGUGCGCCAGUGAGCAGCUGUGACGGGCCAUUUUACAACCAGGCCACUCCGGAUCGCCACCCAGGGGGUUCUCGAUGGGGCCAUGAGCGAGGAGACACUCCCUCGCCAUCGCCCUCCCCUCCCCCGACGCCGCCUCGGAUUCCUGAUCAUCUCAUUGUUCCCCCCCGGACUAGGCUCCCAUCGCCCCCACCUCCACCACCACGUCCUCGCUUUCAAGUCGCCCGAGUUCUACCUGACGAUAGCGUCAUAUUAAAAGUCCCAAAGCCCACCGUGCGCGAUCCCGAAGCGUCCCGCCCCCUGCAUCAGUUCUUAUAUCAAGUCGCGAAAGAGCGCGAGUGGAUAAGAGACGAGACUGCGUAUAAGAUGCCAGGCAGGGCAGUCGACCUCGAUUCAUUAGCGUACCAAAGCGUCAGAAAGAACUGGAUCAAUGAUGGUAUCUGGAGCCCUAAGUGGGAGGGCGAACUGCCUGGCCCAUCCUGGUAUCACGAGGAGCCUGAAUCAUGGGGGCCCGUAGAUCCCCAGCGCGCCCCCCCAACGCGCUGGACUGAAAGGAAUCAACGGCCUCCACAUCCCAACGCCAUUGAGCCUUGGCGACGAGCUCACUGGCAUCGACACGCCAGCCCCUCCUCCGCCCUUGAUCAGAGCCAUCUUCCCGUCCCUGCGUCAGCUUCCGAAGCCAGCAAUCAUGCUGCCAGCAAUACCUCGAACGAAGCCGUUGCUCCUCAUGCACAAGGUCAACUUAGCAGACAGGCACGCGAUACACUCGCUCAGCAGGCUGUAGCACCCGAGAACGUCCCAUCUCGAGCACAAGAGCCUCGCCAGUCGCUUCGAGACGCCACGACAACAAGGCCAGACAACCAAGACGGGGCUGGUCCCUCUAACACCCAAGCUCGACGAACAAGACCAAAGCGCAACCGCAGCGACGACACGGCCGAAAGCGAGCAGCCAGCACCGCUGCCGAAGCGGGCCAAGAAGAGUGGCGGGGGCAAGGGCCGCGCAAGUACAGCGAACGAUGGGCCGGCGGAAACAACAAGCGAUCCGCGGGAGAACCUACCGGCAGGUAGAAAGAUGGGAGCGCAAGGGGCAAGGACAAUGGAAAGCAAGAGUAAUGGAGAUUCUCAAAAGGGGGCCACCCGUCGCAGCGCGAGGAUUGCAAACCGGCAGGCUCAAGCUGAAGCUGCGGCUGCAAAUCUUGCCAACAUGACACCAGCGGCACCGGCAAGCUCAAGGCCAAGAGCCGCAGGGAAAGGCAAAGCUACAUCGAGCGAUACGCAGGUCAUGAUGGCGCCGAAGGGUGGCAAGAAGCGUAGGCACCGACGUUGA